AUGGGGUUCAAUGUCAUCUCAAUCGAUCAUACGUACGAUGCCCAGAUUGUGGAAUUUCCGGAUGGUACUGUCAUUCUGGGCGCCAACAUUACCCUGCCGGAUGACCUGCCACAAGUUCUGUCCCUGAGAGUUGCAGACGUCGGUUCUGUGCUGAACGCGUUAUCCAACUCGACCAUGACAAAGGAACUUGGCAUCCCAGCUUUUGAUGUCAAGCAUGUAGGGAUAUUUGGGCAUUCGCUGGGUGGUGCAACUGCUGCAAAUGCAAUGCUGACGAAGCCAAGACUUAUUAGCGGUCUGAACAUGGAUGGCAGUGUGUAUGGUCCGGCAAUGAAUCGAACCGACAGAAACCCGUUCACCAUUUUCGCGGCACAGCAGCACAAUCAAAGCUCUGAUGCAACGUGGGCGGCUUUCUGGCAUGAACUGAAAGGGUUGAAGCUACAACUACAAGUCAAUGGUACCCAGCAUGGAACCUUCUCUGAUUAUCCAAUCCUGGCCAAAAGCAUCGGGAUCAAUUCAACCGUUAUUCCACAGAUAGUGGACUUGAUCGGGACCAUUGAUGGAGUUAGGAUGAUGAAUAUCCUCCGGAGAUACAUCGGCGGAUUUUUCCAGGAGACUCUGGAGUCACAAAAGGUCAGACUCCUCGAAGGACCGAGCCCACAAUUUCCCGAGGUCGCAUUCGUGAACAUGUCGUUGAGCUCGUAG